UUCCAAGUGAACUUUUGCAUCGGGGCUGUGCCGAGUCGGAUAAAAUGUUUUUGAGCUUUUGGUUCAGCUGCUUCGGCGAACCAUUUUGGCUUUCUGCUGUAGUUAUUGUCAUUAGACGGGCCAUUUGGGCAUGUUCAAGUUUGGAAUGGCAGGGAAAGCAUAUCUUGCUGUUCUAGUGGCUAAUGCUGAUAUCUGCAAUUGUUGUUCCAUGGAAAGUCAGUGUUCGGUCUAUGUUCCAGCAAAUAUCAGGCAAUUAUAUCUGAUUUGCUGCAAAAGAAGGCUGGAGGUGUGGUCAGAUGUUAAGAUUGAGUACUAUAGUUCUUCAUUGUACCGCGCUCUUCAGUGGGGUGGAGGGGCGAAUAACGAAGGCGGGCAUGCACCACACGCAAGUAGUAGUUUAGUGUUAAUAGCCCUAAAUUAUAUACAUGUAAAUUUUUUAAAUCUUGCAUCCGUGAUUUCAUCUGUCUUGGGACAACUGGAAAGGCUAAUAGCCCUGACGGAAAUGCUGUUUCUUGCUUGGAUCUUUCAUGCAAGUGAUGCAAGCGAGAAUUUGAUUCAAUCGAUGAUCUAGGCUGCGAACCUCGAAACA